CCUCAUCACCACUCUCAUCUUUCUUGGAGAUAUCGAUCAGCCAUGGUUUCUUUUCACUCACCUCAGUGGCAAAAACAUGAAUUCUCUGAGGGUUUAUCCAACAAGAGAAAGAGAGGAGAUGAGAGAGCCAAAGACAUCAAUUCUCUGCUUGGAAAUGAGCUUCCUCUCAUGGCUCCCCUGCCUUUGGAGUGGCAAAGAUGCCUAGACAUUAAGUCUGGGCAAGUAUAUUUCUUCAACACAAGGACGCAGGAGAAGACAUCAAGGGAUCCAAGGCUAAGUCCGGAGCCGGUUCCCAUGAGCUUGGACCUGGAACUCAACCUAUUAUGCGGAUCAUCGGAGAAACACAACAACGUCGGCGAUAAUUUCACAAAGUCCGACGUGUCUCACGAUCUCGGCGAUGGGGGCAAGAAGAAAAGAGGGGGGUUUCUAAGCCUAGCGCGAUCGCCGUCGUGGUUGACGUUCGACGGCGAUCAACAAGCGGAGAUGGUGACGGCGGUGUGCAAGAAGUGUCAUAUGUUAGUGAUGGUUUGUAAGUCUUCCCCGACAUGUCCCAAUUGCAAGUUUGUAAACCUCCCAGACCAGAAAUCUCCCACCCUUUCCAAUCAAAGACCAAGCCUCUAUUGUUAAAUUUUCAUUAAGAGUUCGUAACCGCAACGUCUUUACAGACGACAUCUUGGGCAUUCCCGGAAGAUGAAGUGUAUGUCAAUAUGUGUAAAUAUAUUUACCUUAAGAAAGAAGGCAAACGUGGGGUACGGUAACGACUCUGCACUCUCCAUGGUUUAAGACCAUGAAUGAUAUUAUAUUGUACCCUAAAAUCAAUAAUCCAAUGGAGGUUUGCCAAUUCUCAAUUAUAUCAACUUUAUUUCAUCA